AGUAACUUUACUAAAGAAGGCGCUGACUUGGCAGUCGAUUCAGACUACUCAAGCUGAUCAGUUGUUUAAUAUUGUCUAGUGUUUUUGAGUAGAGAAAAAAAUGACUAAAAAAAAUAAAUACAAAGGGGUGCCGAACAAAAAGAAGGCGCCCAUCACUGAAAACAAAACGCAAGAAGAGACUCCCCGUGAUAAGGAUCUCAAGAUCGUUGAAGAGAAAGGCGCUGAACCUAAGGUAAAACUCGAGCCCAUGGAGCAUUUGACCUUGGAGAAGGCCAAGAAGCACCUGGACCAAAUGUCGGCCCUGGCCACCAUGCCAUUGCGUUUGGACCACCAGAUCCAGUGCAUCAAGGUCAUCCAGCAGCAACUCUUCAAGCUUCACCUGCAGCAGGUGAUCCUCCUCGAUGGCUGCACCGAUUUCCUCCAGGAGCUCAACACCAUCCAACCGACUACGGACCUCGAGGAGCAGCGUGUUCUGGAGACUUUUAACGAGGUCAAAUCCAAGCUGUCAGAGGUCUUCGAGCACUUUCUGCCCGCCCAGUUGGAGUUGCUAAAGCAGGAAACAAAGGUCUUGCAGGUGUCCAACCAAUUGAUGGCCGAAUAAUUUAGUACUUUUAUAGAUUUAUUAUAAAAAUAAAUAAGAGCUAAGAGGUCUUCAAAAUAA